AGGAAAACAAGUUAAAAAAAAAAAAAUAAAGGAGAAUUUUAUGAUUAUAGGUUCUGAUUUCUUUUUGAAGGUACUCAAUUCUGUUGUUGUAGUCGGACUGUAUUAUGGAUUUCUUACCACAUUUUCAAUAAGGUCCUCUUAUUUCUUUUUUUGUGCGAACUAUGGUUAUGGAAAAAGAACCAAAUACAAAUAAGAAGGUAGCAGCAACCACUGGUUUUUUUAUGGGACAGCUCAUAAGAUUCGUAUCCAUCUAUUAUGCGCCCCUUUAUCUAGCUUUGGGUAGACCUCAUACAAUAACUGUCCUUGCUUUACCUUAUCUUUUGAUUCAGCUUUUCUUGAACACUGAAAAAAAAAUUUUUGCUUAUGGAUCUAAUAACCAAAAUUCAAUCCGUGAUCUAGAGAAUAUCUUUGUAUUCCUCAAUCAUCUUAUUUUUUCAGUUGCUUAACAUUUGUAUUUUACCAAGUUCAACGUUAGCCCGAUUAGUAAGCAUUUAUCUGUUUCGCUGUAACAAUAAGAUGUUGUUUGUAAUAAGCAGUUUUUUUGCUUGGGGAAUUGGACAAAUUUUAGUCAUCAAUUGCUUGGAAUUUUUAGUAGUCUGGAUACAGAAAAAUUUAGUAAUCUGGAUACAUAAAAAUAAUGUUAUUAGAAAGUACCUAGUCAGAAAUUCUAUCUUUUUUAUUUUACUAAAUUGUAGUUUUGGAAGUAUAGUAUGUAUUCUAAGUAUUCAGUCUUUAGGCAGAACACCCUUACCUAUUCCUACUCAGAAAUUUAGUGAGGUCUCAAAAAUAGAACAAAGGGAAAAGGAAAGGUUGCAAAAGGAGGAAGAAAAAGACGUAGAAAAAAAAAAGAAAUCCACUGAAGAAGAUCCUUCCCUUUUUUCCGAAGAAAAGGGUAUUUUGGAAAAAGAAUUGGACUUGAAAGUAAACGAACCGGACUUGGAAGGAUCUGAUUCUGAAUUGGAAAUCCUUGAAAAAUAUGAAAAUAAAGAACAUAUUGUGGCUCUUCUUUUUGAUUAUAAAAGAUGGACUCGGCCAUUUCGCUACAUAAAAAAAUAAUAGACUUGAACAAGCGGGUAAGAAACGAAAUGGCACAAUAUUUCUUUGACAUACAUAAAAGUGAUGGAAAAGAUAGAAUAUCUUUUACCCAUCCGAUAAGUUUAUCAACGUUUUUUCAAAUAAUCAAAAAAAAGAUACCCCUUUUAUCAUUAGAAAAAGAUAUUUCUAAUAAAUUGGACAAUUUUUGGGUUUCUAGAAACAAACAAAAAUUAAAUUCUAUAAAAAUUGAUUUGUUAAAUCGAAUUAAAAAUCUUGACAAACCAGUAUCAGUCCCAAUACUAGAAAUUGAAACAACCAAAACGCGAUUAUGUAUACACAAUGAUGAGACUAGAAAAGAAUACUUACCAGAAGAGUAUGAUCCCUUGUUAAAUGGGGCCUUCCCGCGGAAGACUAAAAAAAGAUAUAACGUUGAUAAACGAGACUUCGAUCAAAAAGUUGAGAGAGAAGGUUAUGCUAAAUAGACUUCAUGCUUUAUUGUUGAUGUCUCCUUUUGAAAAAAAAGGAAAAAAAACCAUUACAAGUUGGUGAGUUCUCAACUUUAUCAUCGAGUUUUUAACGGAUUCAGAACAACUAACAAAAUUUUUAGUAAAUGUAAUUGAGACAGACGAUAAAAAAUAUUCUGCAAUAGAAAAAAUAGGUAAAGAAGAGAUUGGUAAAAAAGUCCCCGGAUGGUCAUACAAAUUAAUAACUGAAUUGGAACAAAUAUCGUAUUUUAGAAAUCCACCAGAUGAUCAUGAUAUUCGUUCAAGAAAAGGGAUAAGUGUAUUAAUUUUUGAAGAGCCUAAGACUCUCAAAGAUAAGACUACAAACAAAGAUAAGAAUACAAAAGAGACAAAUAUUCAAGCUAUAAAAUCCGACAAUGAUGAGAAAGAUAAAAAUAUGAAAAAGAAAAAGGAAGAUGAGGAUAAUAAGCUUUAUUUGUUACGAUAUCCGCACCAAUCUGAUUUUCGCCAAGGCUUAAUAAAAGACUCUAUGCGAACUCAAAGACGUAAAAUAGUUAUUGAGGGACUUUUUAAAGCAAAUGCGCAUUCCCCUCUCUUUUUUGACAGGAUGAGGAAAAAAAACCUUUUUUUCUAUACCAUACCUGGCUCAACUGAAACGACUUUUUAUAAAAUGGUCAUCCAGAAACGAGUUCGGUAUUUUAGAGUCUACAGAGGAAAAAAAAACAAUAAUAAAAAGAGAAACCAAAAAGGAAAAGAAACGACGAGAGGAAAUAGAACGGUUAGAGAUAGGGGAAGCCUGGGAAACUUUCCCAUAUACCCAAAUAAUAAGAGGUUUGUUAUUAAUAACCCA